AUGGACGAAGAAACCGGUGGGCGAUCGAAGAAGCGACUCCUCCUCGUCCUCGCCGCGAUCUCUCUUCAGUCGCUCUCAGGUCUGGCUGAUGAUCCAUCAAGUUCAAAUGUAGUAAAAGAUGAGACUAGGCCCUCUAGUUCCAGUAAAAUGGACCGGGAAGUAUUUUUCAUAUGCUUGGUCGUUGCAGGAGUUGUGCUUUGUUCUGUAUUACUUUUCAAGCUCUGGCAGAAAAAGAAGAGGGAGGAGCAACAUGCUCGUCUGUUGCGACUAUUUGAAGAGGAUGAUGAGCUAGAGCUCGAACUUGGUCUUCGGGAUUAA